AUGGCGGCCGUGCGCUUGGCCUCCUCGGCUUCGCGCCUCCAAGUGGACCUGAUGCAGCUGCUUCUCUUUUCCAGUACGACGGCUUUCGCUGACGCUACCUUGAACCUCGACGACGACGUCGCUGACGUCCUUACGGCUACCCUGUUCAUGCAUUACCCCGACAUGUUAGUGUUCUGCCCAAGCAGCCCGCUCAUCACGAAGAUACGUGAGUUCCUAGCACUACGAGCCAUCGGUGAGCCCGAGCUGCUCGCGUGGAGCGUGACAACUAGCCAGGCAUUCGCGACGCCUCCUGAGUCGAAGGCGUCUGCUAGUGGUGGCGAGGAGCCGUCGCCAGCGUUGAUUGAUCUCAUCAAGCGCCAGUCCGAGCAGAUCGAUCAACCACCGCCAAUAGGAGCUACGACGACACGCCCGAAGAAGAAGGGAGCCCAGUCGUUGCCGGCAAUCUGGUUCGAGUGGUUUACAGCGGAGCCUCGUGUGUAUGUGUCGCGUUCUGUAAAGAAGACAGCGUUGUACGAGUACAGGCACAUCGCAGGGUAUCUCAUGCUCUUCUUACCUGAAGGUUUCGCGCUUGACACUUCGUCGCCUGCAUACAAAAGCGAGGUCCUGGAGCUACGUGAUAAAGCGCAGCAGAACGCACUCACCUUCUUGAAAUCGCACGGCUCCUCCGCGGUUGCAGCAGGCUCGGCGUUGAAGGCUCUUCGUCAGAUGCAGAAGCUUGGUAAGCUCGACGCGCUCAUCGCCCAGUUCCAUGAACGCGUUGACCAUGGUAUCAUUCCGGCAGUGUCGCUGCAGCCGCACUCACUGAUCCUGUUGUUGCUGCUGAUGCUGGCCCCGCCAGCCAUCACCCCGCGCGAGGCCCAGCCACUCGGCCAUCACCCCGCCCGAGGCCGAGCGCUCACCCACGUAGCCGCCCUCGCCGUCGCCCGCGUCGUGGCCCUGCUACUGAUGCUGCUGGCCUCGGCGGCCGUCACCCCGCGCGAGGCCAAGCCACUGUCGCACGGCCAUCACCCCGCCCGAGGCCCAGCCAUAGUCCACGUCGCCGCCCUCGCCCUCGCCCGCGUCGCCCUGCUACUGAUGCUGCUGGCCUCGAGCUCCAUCACCCCGCCCGAGGCCGAGCACUUGUCCAUCUCGCUGCCGACGCCCGUCUUGCUCUCGGUGCUGCAGGCCGGGGGCCUUCUCCACGCGCUCCGAUGUGAACGAAUGAAUGAACGGAUUUAG